ACUGCGGCUAGCUCGCUAAUCUCUAUGGUUGACUUAAAGCCAAGUCUGUGGCAAAUUUUCUCUGACUCCAGACCAUCUUAAGGGAGAAGAGGUUAUACAUAAAAUAUUCCGAAAUUUAUGGGAAAGAUCGAUUGAAUUCGAUAUGAUGAACUCACAUUUAUCAUAGUGACGACCAUAAUAUGUGCACGAGCUGUAGUUUACGUAAUUGUUUGCAAGGAGCAUCAAACACAAAAGAUACAAAACGUCCCAUCGAGCCAUUUUCGCAGGAACUGUCAGAAAGCCAUAAAGGAUACGGUUAACGUCACCGUUGAUUAACGAAUAAUCAAGACCGUGAUUAAUUUCUCGGCGAUUCACCACGGCACUAGCAGAGAGACUGAGUGAAAAAUCGGAAGACGUAGGUAAUUUUCACGGAAUAGUUCAGGUUCGAUUCACCGUCUUCGAGGAUACGUCAUCCACGUAUCAAAACAAAACGAAUGCGUCUCUCAUGUCCGGGAGAAGGAGAGAGAAAGAGAAUGAUUCUUGAGAUCGACGAUCCCUGUGACUCUCCGCGUUUUCAAAACGAGAAUACGUACGCGUCGAGACGAAAAAAUCAUUUUUAUUCAUAACGUGGACGAAGCCAUCGAGGGAUGUAUGAAAAUACUGGGAACAACGUGACGACGAUCCGGUUAAAUUUCGAGGAGGUAGAAGUCGGUAAAACAGCUGUAAAAACCAUAGAUUUAUUGAACGAGUCCUGCUAUGAAUUGACCUAUCAAGCCCAACGAGAUCCAAUCACGAAUCCUCUGGACCAUGUUUUUCAUUUACGUUAUUAUACUUGGGUGCUGGCGCCGAAAGAAAAAUUUGUGUGCGAAAUACGUUACAAACCGUACGUUGUAUCCUCGGUAAACGUGGAUUAUUUUACCAUCACAGACUCUGUCGGAGCUUGCUCAAAAAUAAUUACCCAUGGGUCUUGCAUCGGCCCGCACGUGACUUGUUCGACGUCGAGAAUAGUCCUGAUAAGUACCGACAAGAAUCCUGAACCAAAAUGGCGGAUCAAACUUAUAAAUAAUUCAAGGGCAUCGGCUCUUUUCAUGUUCGCUAUGGACGAUAAUUACCAACCAUUUAAAUUGGAUAAGAAAUACGGCUGCAUCCAUCCUUGUUCCUACAAAUACGUGACGAUUACGUUCACUUCGCUGGGGGACGGAAUUUAUAGUUACCGUUUGUUUAUCUUAAUUCUGCAUCAGGAGCCGAUCGUCAUAGAUCUAUACGGAUACCGUAGCGCGUCUUUCAAGAAGGAGGAUUUAAGUUAUUUUAAUUUUCCUCCGGGAGAAACAAAUGGCUUUGCAGGAUUUAUAAACGAUUGCGUGGACACAAUCAGCGACUUGCCUUCUGUGUCUUUAUCGAAAAAUUAUUUCAAUUUCGGCCGCACUGAAUUUGAAACGGAAAGUAUCGGUCACAGGAUUCCACAAGCAGUGUGUCUUACCAAUCACAGUUCGUCUGAUUUAUUAAUCGUUUGGGAAAAAGAUGAUAGUAACGUUUUCAACGUGAAGCCAAGAGAACUGCAUGUAAGAGGGAACCACUCAGCAUUGUUUGAACUUUUUUUCAAUCCGAACGCAAGCAACAAUUUAUUUGGACGCGAGAUUGUCGCUUCCAUUUUCACAAAACACACGGAGGACAUCGUAUUUCCGUUUGUCAUAACGAUUACAGUAAUAGGUCAUUCGUUUCCUGCUACAUCGAACGGAUGGAUUCCGCAAUACGAAAUACCUCAAACUGUAAUAAUGCCGCCGUGUGUGCCUCCACAUCCGGUCUACACGACGUUCCUGCUCAGAAAGUUCGGUCAUUUACCCCUGAUGUUUCAAUUUGUUCCACCACCGAACUGUCGUUUCACUGUAAAGCCAAUGCUCGGCUUGAUUCACGAGAAUUUUCAAAUAAUUAUGGUAGAAAUGUCGCCGAAAAUCGAGGACGAACAGAUUUAUCUAGAACGGUGGACAAUAUAUUUCAACGGGAAUACCAAGAACGCAAGUUACAUAGACUUCAAGGGCUACGCAGAGUAUGCAAAUAUAAUGUUCCUGAACGGCGGUGUAUUAGAUUUCGCGGUGACAUUGCCGCGAUGUCAGCAGUUUAAGGAACUUGGAUUUCGAAACGUCACGAGACAUAAGAUUAAAUACAAGUUUUAUGAAAUGCCAACGAUCACUAUGCAGACAGUGAGCGGAGAAAUUGAGCCGAAUGAAAUUUUGUUGCAAGAAUGUUCGUUCGAACCGACCGAACCAUACGUUGAUUAUGAUGUCGAGGUAAAAUGCCUACUAUGUGUUCUGAAGAAUAAUAAUAUUGUUGGAGUGAAGAAUUGUGUGAUUCUGCGAGUUCGCGGAAGAUGCGAAGAGGGAUCUUUGAUGGCAAAUCCCAGCGAAUUAAACUUUCAAGAGAUGCAAUACAAUUCCAACAAAAUACUGACAUUUAAUUUGUACAAUCAUAGUCAAGUAAAUAUUUAUUACAAAUUAAUCUGUACGUACCUAAAUUGGCCACUUGGGGAUCUUGAACAGGAUGUUCAGAUACGACCUGAUGUAGGAACUAUUUUUUCUGGCUAUCACAAAACAAUCACGAUCUCAAUUACACCACGUACAGCUGGUUAUUAUGAAUUUGUUGUUCAGUACUUGAUCAGAAAAAAUUGUAGAGUGGAUACUGUCUUAUCUAAUCAAGUUCCUAUCAGAGUCUGUACUGUAUAUUGUAUGUGUAUAUUGCCCACUUUAAAAGUGUGCAACGUAUGUGCUUACGGAAUCGAGCAGAAAUCUCCACUGAAUGUAAGCAAACCAUUUUUGUGGAAAGCUCUGGAAAUAGAUAGAUUAAAUACAAUUCUUGCAAGAAUAUUGCCAGGGGAAAGAGAGAAAUGGAAUGUAGAAUUUUUUCCAGUGGUUGUAAACCAUGAAAGUGUUUCUAUAAAAUUGGUUUUAAGGAAUUGCUCAAAAUUUUUGAUUUCUUGGAGCUUUAAGAUGCAACCAUGUGGCUGCAAACCUGUUCUGAAGAAGACGCGCAGUUCGUUGGAGAAGAAAGAGUUCGAUUGCUUUCAUCGGAAAAUUUGCAUUCUGCAACCACCUUUUGGCACAUUAGAAGGGUACUCGGAAACAGUACUCAACAUGGAGGUCUAUAACACAGUUCUCGGGAGAACAGAGUUAUCUUGGGACUUGAAUAUAGGACAUAAUCGUCAUAUUAUUUUAAAUAUGUUAAUUGAUUGCAUAUCUGAAUCGGAGAAGGAAUACAACUUUCUGUACGAAUCCUGCGCAAGAUUUGGCCUGAUUUAUUUUGGAAACAGGGAUGCAGUGUAUAAAGCGCAAUGGAUACGUAACAUUACGAAUGAGAAUUUAGCGUAUGAUGUGAACAUCGAUGAUAUAUCUAAGAUCAACGAACAAUAUCAUUGUGAAGUAUUUUCCUGUUUAACUACGUGUGGCAUUGUGGAAGCUCGAUCAGCAGUAUCUUUGCUUCUAAAAUUUCAGCCCAGAAUGUUUGGUCUAUUCGAGGCAAUAGUUCCCAUAACAUUGGGUCAUCAUAAACUGAAACUGAAAUUAGAAGGAAUGUCAUCCGGUGAUCUCAGAUCAACUGUUGUCGGGAAAUCAAUACCGAGUUAUUGUACCGGCAGUACUUUAGAAUUUCCAGUGUAUUUCAAUAUAGAUUGCAUAGAUAUGUGGUCUCUCCCAAUGCAUAACGCCAUUAUUAGAAUGAUUUUCAUACAAAAUAAUUUGGACCAUGAUGCGCUUGGUUUCGAAUGGAAAUGCGAACAUGCAUCAGAAAUCCUUAAUGUUGAGGUAUUUCCUCGUAAAGGAAUAAUCGGUCCACACACUGUGAAGAGUUUUAAGCUGAAACUUUUUACAAGGGGAUGUCCAUGCAGAUGCAACCUUGACAUAUUCUGUGAAUUUACUAAUGCCAGUAUGGAACGCGCAUAUCGGAGGAGUGUUCUGAAGUAUGAUCUUUUAAGCAAAGAAUUGGAAGGACAAUUUAUUAUCACCGAAAAGGGCGUUACUGUCCCAAAACCGUGGUUAAAGAUACUAGACAAACCAUAUACAUUUCACAAAACAUUGAGUUUUCGUUGCACCAUAUAUUCCAUAGAAGAUGAAGGCAUAAGAGUCAGCUUGAAAGAAGAAUUGGAAGCUGCACCAUCAAAUGCAAUUUUUCUCGAUGACAGUGACAAUUACAAUAUACCGAGAAGGGAGAAAGAACUUAACAUAGCCACGUUUCUUUUGGAAGGUUUACUAUGGGAUAUUGUUAAUGGUAGGAGAUUUAUGAAAACCAUGAAAGAAAGUUUAAUUCCUAAAACAAAAUUAUAUUAUUCUCAAUUUGCGAUAAACCUGACUCAGCGAAAAAGAUUAAUAAAAAGAUCGUUUAUUUCGCCUCCAUUAACAUUUAUUAAUUCCGUAUUAGAAGAAGUAUUGUUUCUCAUAUUACAUGAAGAAUUUUCUUUAGACAUGGCUCAUUUAAUUUCACAGGGAGAUGUAAGGCAUGAUAAUUACAUCAAAACUAUAUUGAAAAAAUAUAAACCUGAUGGAAAAGAUGUUCCCUUGCAUACUAAUCCAGAGAUAAAUCAUCAUACGAAAGGAAUAUUUAGAGUGUCAUUUGUAGAGGAAAAUUAAAUAGUAAAUACCUAAGUACAAUACUACACUUGAUACUAACUAAUUUCCUUUGUACAUGGAUCUGAAAUUCGUCUGAACACAGCCAAAAACUUUUCUCCUUUGUUCCUCGUAACUUUCUGACCUUCUUCUGUACUUUCAUAUAAUUUCUCUACAAUGGGAUCUUCAGUCUUUGUAGGAAAUUAAUUAAUAGAUUAUUAUUACAGUAUAUUGUUUAACAUUCAAGUAAUGACUGGUGUUGGCAUUCAAAGAAACUUACGUAUUCUUUUUCAGAAACAUCACUGAACAGUGGAUGUUCAUGAAAAUGUUGUACUAUCCAUUCAUGUAGAUCUUGAACAUCUGUUACUGUAUACACAAUGGCCUUUAAAUAAUAUAUGUAUAUACAUAUAUAAUUAGUAA